AGAUCUAGAUCCUCUCUUAGAAGAAUCUUGGCAUUUUCUGGAUUAUGGUUUCAACCUGGUGGGAGCUCUUCUUCCGGGACUUUGAGUGACCUUCUGGAAAAGUACUUUGGAGGAUGGGGAUCAUGCAGGUUCUUUCUGACAUUUUGUCUAAUAUUAGGAGUUCUUUUGUUUCUAAACCGUGAAUAAAUGGCUUAGAUCAUUUUAACAAUGAAGCCUUGCAAAUUUUGGAACAGCACUGACCACCUAGGAGUGAUUAAGGACCUGAUAAACAUAUUGUAACUUAAGGAUGAUAAAAAUCACUAAUUGUCUAGUGACUGCCUAGCAGGCUGAGCUCUGGCUCUCUGUGGUUACUAAGCUGUUACAGGAAGGACACAGUUCAGUUUCUCUGACUGAGGAAAUCGAAAGCUAUGAGCAUUGAUAGGAGGAGCCUUGUUGUGCUUCAUCUCCUCUGUCCCGGGCUGUGAGUGCAGUGUGAGACACCCAGUGUUGCUCAAGUUAUUAAGUGACUCUCCAGUGCUUUUUCUCCUGGUGAUCUUUGAAAAAAACAUCUUAUUUUCUUAACAUUUCAAGAAAUCUUAUUUCUCAAGCAAAACAACAGCCGCCUGCUGAAGCUCUCAAGAGGUAGACUAUUGCUGAAGACACUUCCAAGGAGGCUCACCCAUAACUUGAGAAAUGGUGAAUGAAUACAAGAAAAUUGUUCUCCUGAAAGGAUUGGAGGUCAUCAGUGAUUAUCACUUUAGCAUGGUUAAGUCCUUACUGGCCAAAGAAUUAAAACUGACUAGGAAAAUGCAAGAUGAGUACAACAGAAUUAAGAUUGCUGACUUGUUGGAAGACAAGUUUCAAAAUGAUGCCGGGCUGAACAAGCUGAUAUCGGUGCUCAAAGACAUACCGAUGCUUGAGGAACUUGCCGGAGAACUCAAAAGAGAGAAGAUGAAAGUAAAACCAAAAACCCCAGUGAAAAAGAAGCAAGAGGUAGAUCCUGUCGCAUGUACAUCGAUCACCAGCGACACAAUGAAGACCCCUGAAUCUCAGAAAAGAAAAAAAGCAAGCUUAGAAAAGACUGAAACCAAAAAGAAUAAGAUUUCUGGAAGCAAAACAAUUAAGAAGCCUGAGGAUCAGACUCAUCCUUCCUGUUCUACACUAGCCAGUGUGACCGCAAGCAUGGACCAUUUUCUGCCUGCUCAGAUGCCAGCAUCAACUCUAUUCAGAGCUCCCUCAACAGAGCAUCAGAAAAAGGCCCAAUGUCAUUUGGCUUCCAGAAGAAGUGUCCUCCACAAAGGCCCAACGAUCGUGAUGGUGCUGAAAGCAACAGACCCAUUUGAAUAUGAGUCUGCCGAAGAGGGGAAAAGUUCAAUGUUCCACGCCACAGUGGCUACUGAGAAUCAGUUUUUCCAAGUGAAGGUUUUCAACACCAACCUGAAAGAGAAAUUUACAAAAAAUAAGGUCAUUACUAUCUCUAAUUACCUUGAGUGCAAAGGAAUCCUGGAGGUAAAUGACGUAUCAGUUGUGUCUGAAGCUGGUCUUGACCAAAAGAUCGAGGUCCCCAACAGUGUUAUCAAGAGAGCAAACGAAACUCCCAAGAUCGAUCAUCUUCAUAAACAAGCACCAGGAACAUUAGUGUAUGGGUUGUUUAUGCUACAUACGAAAAAAGUGAACAAGAAGAACACAAUCUAUGAAAUACAAGAUAAUACAGGAAAGAUAGACGUGAUGGGGAGUGGGAAAUGGCACAAUAUCCAGUGUGAUGAAGGGAAUAAACUUCGACUCUUCUGCUUUCAACUGAGAACAAUCAACAAGAAGCUAACACUGGUGUGUGGAGAUCACAGUUUCAUUAAGAAUCCAAGAUUGAAAACUGUACCUAAAGAAGCCUCUGAAGAAUGUGGUCACCAGAAGGGCCCCAAAGAAGUAGUGGUGUUGAAAGUAACAGAACCAUUUACUUAUGAGUUCAAAGAAGGCGGGAAGAAGAUGUUUCAUGCUACAGUGGCCACUGAGAGCGAAUUCUUCCGAGUGAAAGUUUUCGACAUCAACUUGAAGGACAAAUUCAUCCCAAAGACAGUUAUUGCCAUAUCCGAUUACAUUGGCCGCAACGGGUUCCUGGAGCUAUACAGUGCUUCAACUGUGUCUCAUGUGAGCGCAGACAGAAAGAUGGAGAUCUCAAAGACACUGAUUAAAAAUGCUAAUGCAACUCCUAAAAUUGAGUAUCUUUGCUCAAGAAGCACAACAAAAUACGUGAAUGGGGUGUACAUGGUGUAUAAGAAAAAUGUGAGGGAAGAUUGCACUUAUUAUGAGAUACAAGAUGAUACAGGGAAGAUGGAAGUGGUGGUGUAUGGACGGCUGACCUACAUCAACUGUGAAGAAGGAGAUAAACUUAAUCUCUUCUGUUUUGAAUUGACCUUGAAUGCAGAUAAGUGGCAGCUGAGAUCUGUUUUCCACAGUUACAUCAAGGUAAUCAAGGGCAACAAAUCCAAGAUAUGUCCACUCAAUCGUGAUUCAAAUAUGGACACUUCACAAGAAUCCUUCUUAAAGCCAGGAUACCAUUGAUAACAGUGCUCAUGGAGAUGAGAUCCAAGUACAGAAAAAAAUAUAUGUAUAUAUACUUGAUAUAUAUUACAAACAAAAACCAGCUUUAGUCUGUGGCUGUCACUCAGUGGUGCUGUGCUCCCCUAGCAAGCAUAAAGCCCUGGGCUCAAUACCCAGCAACACAAAAAUAAAUGAAUAAUAAAUAAAUUUAAAAACAAAUAUGAUAUUCAUUGCUUCUAGAAAAUGGGAUUUAGAAGAGCCUUCUACUUUCUACUUGUCUGUAUUUCUAAAUUCCAUAUUUUACAUAGAUAAUUUUUAUAUUUAAAAAAAAUAAUAAUUUUUUCUAGAGCAAUGCUAGGCUCUAGUCACAAUUGAAUAGGCUAUGACCUGCUCAAAAAAAAUAAAAAAGUUUGGUGUAUGCGGCCUGGGGUAUAAUUGCAAAUCCCUUUGUCCUGGAAGGGUGGAUAUCUGAGAAUCUGUCUCCUAAAGGGGCCACAAUCAGGUACAUUGUCCAUGUGGAGGUGUUUGUUGUCUGGUUAUUUGCAUGAACACACUAGUAUGAUAAAAGAAUUUCUGCCCCUCCCUGAUGUACUCCCUGUAUCUGAAAUAUGCAGUUCCAUUCAUCUACCCAAGUACCAACAGAUCUCCGUGGCUAUCCCUCCACAAUUCCUCCUCCUUACAUUCCUGUGUGUGAAUCCAUCAGGAAGCUAUCCAGGCACUUCUGCAGCAGGCAAUCACUGAAGGGAACUGAUUUUCUUUAGAGUAGAAUAGCAGGAAGCAGAUAUCUGCAAAGAAAUUUUACUCUUGUAUUUUUAUCGAUCACAUAUUGAUACCAGGUAUUUUGUGAUUGUUUUGUGUCCUUUAAUCUUCCUAUAUGCCCUAAAAGGUGGAUGGAUAGUUUUCUCCAUUUUACUCUGUGUAGUGUGUGGCAGACAAGCAACAGACAGGCGCACUCACUCUCCUAAGGACACUUGGAUGGGAAAGUAGAGAGCUACAUUAAGAAUCCAGGGAGCAGUUCCAGUGUGGGGGAGGUGUGAUGGGGAAGAAUUGGAGCUGAGUUGGAAAUUUGGAGAGCCUGGGGACAUUUACCACAAUAUGGGUUCGAGACUACAGAUGCCCUAUUUGUGGCUCAGUGCCCAAGGAGUAUUAUUGUAUUGUACUGUUUUGCCAUAAAAUGCCUCCUUUCUUUUUUUUCUUUUCUUAUAGUUGACUCAGAUGCUAAUUAAACAUUUUCUUGCCUAUAACCACACCAAUAAUAUAUAUAUAUAUCACAUACACACAUAUUGUUAUACAUUUAUAUAUAAAGGUAUAACAGUUCUAUCACUGCAGAUGUGCUUACGUGGUAAUGUAUUACAUGGUAUGGGUAUGUAUUUCUCAUCUACUGUUAGAAAACUAAAGUUCAAAGAUAUUUAAUGAAGUGUCAAAAUCAGUUACUCGGCUAAUUAGGAAGAGAGAUCAUCCUGGGAUGGCAGCCUACUAAAACUUCCUCUGAAUUCAAAGUUGACUUAUGGACACUAAGGAAAAAGAUUGUUUCGUACCCAACUGAUAUUGUAUUCUGAGUUGUCCUGAUACUCUGAAACUCUAUGUAAACUUCCUACAAUUUGCUAUUCUUGAGUCUGUAGAUGGUGGCAAUUAAGAGUAAAGCAUGACUUACAGGGGACUUGCCCAGUGGCCCUGCCCUGUUUUCUGUCAUGUUGAUUCCCCUUUGAACUUGUAAGAACUGGGUCUCCAACAGAGAUAAUCAAAAAAAUCACAUUCUACAUAA